ACUAUAACAAAUAUGUAGUAGCCCUUAAAACUCUCUCAUUCUCGCUCUCUCCAUCUUUAUGAUCUUUUCUAUAUUUUAUUUUAUUUUUAUUUUCUACAUUUUUAAUAAAUAUUUUAAAAAAAAAGAAUAUAGAGGAUGGCAAGUCAUGGGAAUCAAUUAUUAGACAUCAAAUUCUUAUAUUUUUUCUUGCUCUCCCAUUUUUCUAUUACCAUUUUAUCAAGAAUAUUUAAAAUUUCUAGCCAUUCAUUUAUUUUUCGAAAAUGGAUAAUUAUAUUUAAAUUUAUUUUUAACAAAAUUUCCAUCUAUUUUUUAAAUUAUAUCACAAAUUUAUGAAAAAAAUCUAAUAGGAUAUUAAAUUACUAAUAAAUAAUUGAAUCGUCGAAAUCAUGCCAAAUAUCUUUAUUUCUUGUUUUUAUUUUGCCAAUCAAAUCUUAAAUCGGUGUAUCGAUAGUACAAGACGUCUGAAGACUUCCACUGCGUUUUGCUGCUGCUGUUGAAGCCGAGCACCCGCAGCACUCUCAACGUUGAGGUUUUGCAUUGACUAUCUUGGUUUUAGAAUUCGACUCCUCUAACUUUAGCUUCAUUUACCGGAAGAACUGAGAGGAAUUCCUGAAAGAACAUAGUAUGUCAGGCCGCAAAGAAACAGUUUUAGAUCUUGCCAAGUUUGUUGAUAAGGGUGUCCAGGUCAAGCUUACUGGUGGUAGACAAGUCACAGGAACCUUGAAAGGUUAUGACCAGUUGCUGAACCUUGUCCUUGAUGAAGCUGUAGAAUUCUUGAGAGAUCCAGAUGAUCCUCUGAAGACUACUGAUCAAACUAGACGUCUUGGCCUAAUAGUAUGUAGGGGCACUGCUGUGAUGCUUGUUUCCCCAACUGAUGGCACUGAUGAAAUUGCAAACCCCUUCAUCCAAGGGGACGGGGUGUAGUUGAUGUCAUUGUAAUCCCUCAAAAGUGUUUGCUAAAUAAACAGAAAUUUCCUUUCAAAAAGCCCGAUUACCUUAUAUAGUUGGCAUCCCACUCUUAUUUUUGGAAUAUAAGUUUGGCUUAUGGGGGACAUGAAAAAGACCGUGUGAAGUAUUCACUGUUGUGUCUGAAUGAUAGCUUUGGUGUAGUAUGCAAGAGUUGUCUUAUUUCGUAAUGCUUGACAUUAUUUGAGCACUUGAUGCCAAGUUGUCUAUGUCUGUAUUGGAGAGAGCAUGGUUUGGCCCAAGCUUCCAGAAAUAUUGUUUGGUAGCGUGUAUCAUCCAAGGUUCAACUUGUACUUGAACUUCAAGGAAAGGAGGACUAGCACCUAUAUAUGAAUCUACACAUGAUGACAAACCAGCCUUAUCAUUCAAGAUCA